GCUAACAAAUUAAGAACCAUAUAUCCAAAGAAUUAAUUAAUUCUUGAGAAAUGGCUUCAAGAACUGUAGUCUCCACUGCCCUUCUUCUUUCCUUGAACCUUCUCUUCUUCACUUUAGUGAGCUCUACCAAUUGCCCACCACCACCGAAACCUAAGCCCAAGCCAUCGCCUAACCCAUCAACUGGUGCUUGCCCUAGAGAUACUCUGAAACUGGGUGUAUGUGCUGAUGUCUUGAAGGGUUUGUUGAAUGUUACAGUUGGUACCCCACCAAAGACCCCUUGCUGCAGCCUUCUUGGCGAUCUUGUGGAUCUUGAAGCUGCCGUCUGCCUUUGCACCACCAUUAAGGCUAGUCUUUUGGGCAUUAACCUAAAUCUUCCUAUUGACUUGAGCUUGUUGCUUAAUUACUGUGGCAAGAAGGUCCCUGAAGGAUUCAAGUGCGCAUAAAUUUAAUCCAUUAUUAUUCUGUUUAUUCUCAAGUU